AUGUGGAAUGGGUUUGUUGGUGCCCUCAUGACCAACACACCCCCAGAUCAGUUGCAGGCAGUCCUACCAUCUACGCUAGAGACAUAUGAAGCAUGGGUUCUGUCUCAUGGGGUUAGCCGUGCGGUGGAUGUCUUAGCAGCGGACAAUGCCACUCGUCUGCUUUGGUUAGGGCCUAGUGUAUCAAAGAAGGUACUUCUUUUCUUCCACGGUGGCGGAUAUGUGAUGCCACUUUCUGAAGCGCACUUGGACUGGAUGUCAUAUCUACGAACGGAAGCAGUCAACGCUGGGGUGGAUAUGAGUGUGUGCAUUCUGGAAUAUGACUUGAUACCAACCAGCAAAUAUCCCAGACAGAUGAAACAGGCAAUCUCCGCAUUACAGCGUCUACUUAUUUCUGGGUAUAGACCUUCUGAUAUCGUCUUCGGAGGAGACUCUGCUGGAGGCCACCUGUCGCUUUCCCUCAUGUCGCAUCUCCACUGCCACUAUCAAGCCAAGGAGAAAUUUAUUCACCUACAGGGCCCUGUGAAAGGAUGUUUUCUUGUGUCGCCGCUAGCAUCGUUCGACUUCAAUACACCUUCCUAUCAAAGGUGGCUCAGUGCCGAUGUUCUUACUCGCAAAAAUGUAGACGAAUGGGGACGUUAUCUUGUCGAUGAUUCUCCGUGGCACGAGGAGAUAUCUGCUGGAUAUGGCUGGGGAAUGGCGCUGGAUGUUUCGGAUAGCUGGUGGGAUAAUUUCACGGCUGUGGAUCAUAUUCUUGUGACCGGCGGCUGCGAAGAGGUGUUCAGCGAUCAUAUUCGACUGUUGGGCAAGGUCUUGAAGACAAAAUGUAAGGGAAUCGUGGCCUUGCACAUGAGUAAUGAAACCCACGACGGACCGCUUAUGGACUUCGGAGCUAGAAGGCCGCCUAGUGCAACUACAAAAGCUAUCAGAGACUUUGUUAUAGCUUGCUUAAAGGAUUGA